AUGGCAGCCCGCGGUCAAGUGAUCGAGGAGACCACGAUGACUACGAGAACGACCCGCAGAGGUUCAAUACCUACUACCCGUCGAGGGUCUCAGUCCCAAUCCUCGCCCAGGCAGGCGAGUGAUGCUCAAGAGGCCGACGGACCCAGUUCAAGUACUCUAGAUGUAGACACUCAAGAAGUUGCAGCCAUGGUUGAGGGCUAUAUCAAGGGUGACAGCCGGACGCUAGGUGCUAAGCGUGAAGCUAUCACCAAGAGCUACCAAAACCGUAUCAAGCAAGCGCGCAACGACAUCAACGACUUGUUUAGUGAGCACGAGAGGAGAGCUGCUCGAACCCGCAAAGCACAGCUUGAAAGGCUCCUCGAGCUCAUCAGGGAAAAAGGAGAUAUCGAGAAGAAAAUUGCCAGCAGCAUCCGCACCCUUGAGGCGGCUUAUUUCUGCAGAGUUCAAGAGUUCCAGGCCGUCGUUCGAGAUCGGGCCAAGGAUUUGGGCUGA